UGACCUCUGACCCCUCACCCCCCCCCGCCGGCCGGGACGCCCCCCAGGCCGGCGGGACGGGUCGGGGCCCGGCGGAGGCUCCCCAGACAUGCCCGGCGGACGGAGGGGCCCCAGCCGGCAACAGCUCAGCCGCUCGGCCUUGCCCUCGCUCCAGACCCUGGUGGGCGGGAACUGUGCCAACGGAGCCGCCCUGAGGACCAGGAACGGCGGCCCGGUGAGCCUGCCGUCCGCCCCCGUGACGGCGCUGAUCACGCCCGAGCCCGUGCGGCACCGCCAGAUCCCGGACCUGCCCGCGGACGGGAGCCUGCUCUUCGAGGCCCUCUUCUUGGUCUACUUGCUGGUCGCCCUCUUCACCCAGUACAUCAACAUCUACAAAACCGUCUGGUGGUAUCCCUACAACCACCCCGCCUCCUGCACCUCCCUGAAUUUCCACCUCAUCGACUACCACCUGGCCGCGUUCAUCGCCGUGAUGUUGGCGCGCAGGCUGGUGUGGGCCCUGGUCUCGGAGGCCUCCCGCGCGGAUGCCCGCUCCCUGGGCAGGUACCUGGCCCUGAUCGCGGCCCGCCUGGCGCUCCUCACCCUGUGCGGCUGGCUGCUGUGCUGGACCCUCAUCAACCUGUUCCGGAGCCACUCCGUCCUCAACCUCCUCUUCCUCGGCUACCCGUUCGGCGUCUACGUGCCCCUCUCCUGCUUCCACCAAGACGGGCGCCCGCGCCCGCCCUCGCCGCCCGCCUACGGCUUGGUGGUCGCUGCCGCGGAGGAGGAGGAGGAGGAGGAGGAGGAGGAGGAUGAGGAGGAAGGGGCCGGAGGCGGGGGCCGGCCCAAGGAUCUGGUGGCCAUGCUGCGGGCAUCCCUGCGGGAGCAGUGGCACCGCGCCCCGCCCCUGCCCAGCCACAGCUGCCCGCCGUCGCCCGCCCUGAUCCGCAGCGAGGUGGACGGCCUCAAGGCCGACUUCAACCGCCGCCUCAAGGAAGUGCUCUUCAAUUCCCUGUCCAGCGCCUACUACGUAGCUUUCCUGCCCCUCUGCUUCGUCAAGAGCACGCAGUACUACGACAUGCGCUGGUCCUGCGAGCACCUGAUCAUGGUGUGGGUCAACGCCUUCGUCAUGCUGACGGCCCAGCUGUUGCCGCCCAAGUAUUGCGACCUGCUGCACCGGGCCGCCGCCCACCUGGGCAGCUGGCAGAAGCUCGAACACGGCUCCUACAGCAACGCGCCGCAGCACAUCUGGUCGGAAAGCACCAUAUGGCCUCAGGGAGUAUUGGUCCGUCACAGUCGCUGCCUCUACCGGGCCGUGGGCCCCCAUAACGUAGCCGUGCCUUCGGACGUCUCCCACGCCCGCUUCUACUUCCUCUUCCACCGGCCGCUGCGACUGCUGAACGUGCUGCUCGUGAUGGAGGGCGGCCUGGUGCUGUACCAGCUGUGCUCCCUGCUCCGCGCCGACAAGUGGAACCACACUCUGUCCCUGGCCCUCGUCCUCUUCUGCAACUACUACGUCUUCUUCAAGCUGCUGCGGGACCGCCUCGUCCUCGGCCGCGCCUACUCCUUCCCCGCCAACUACCGUCUCAAGGCCUGCUAGGCCCGCCGGCCCCCGCCACAGAGACUCUUUUCAUACGGUUCUAUUUUUUUCGGUUAUCCCCCCCCUGUUUAUAAGUAUUUAAGAUAUUUUAUAUUUUGUAUACGGUCGUGUUUCGCGAGGGGAGGGGGGGCUAUUAAACGGCUCCGGAAA